GUAAGUAUGAUCAUAAGCCUUGUGAUACUGGGCAUAGAAAUCUUUUCUUAAGUAUAAUACCAAAACCAAAUUGUAAACAAAGAAAAAAAUAAAGUCAUCUGGAUCUCAGAAAAAUUACAAUCUUUUAUACUUCAAAGUGAGCAUGAUGCUACCCAUUAGGAAUCCCAGGUAUUCAAAAGGCUGAGACAGGAGGGCUACAAGUGCAAGUCCAGCCUAGACAACAUAAAAAGAGCACAUCUUAAAAACAAAGAAGUUACAACCAUAAGAUAUCAUUUUACACUUCAAGCCUGGUUAAUACAGGAGUUUAUGAGUGUUGGUAAGGAUGUGAGGACAUCUGAACCCUCAGAUUUUUUUCUGUUGAGAAUGUUAAAUGACACAGUGUCUUUGUAACUAAGUCUGUAGUUACUUGAUGUUUUGAUUUUCUGAGACAGGGUCUCGCUAUGCAGUUCAGGUUAGACCUGAACUCACUAUGUAGCCUAAGCUGUCCUCAAACUCACGGUAAUCUUCCUGCUUCAGCCUCUGGAGUGCUGGGAUGACAGGUAUGUACUAACAUGCAUGGCUCCACAGUUACUUUCUGACUCAGGAACUGCAGACUCCUAGGCAUAUACUCAAGGUAAAUAAAAACUUGUAUGCACCAAUAAUAUGUGAAUUUUCAUUAGUAUGUUUGCAGUACAUAAUGAUCACAUUCAACAUGGGGGAUUUGUACACGCACAUAACACACAACUUAUUUUGUCCCUUUCCCCUCUUUUCCCAUUUACAUAAGCUCUAUUUCCAUUUUUUCUUUUGUGAUAACAGAUGAAUUUUAAUUCUAGUACCUGAAGUUAUACAAGGUUGGCAUUAUAAACUUCAUGGGACUGUUGUACACAUUCAAUAAAGUGACAACUGUGUGACACCACUUAGUAUCUCAUCAUCAGAAACACACUUUUGAAUUAUUUAAACACAAUUCACCAACUAAACCACCCACAAUUAUACUAAAUUGUCAAUCAAAAAUUCUACACAUAAUAUUUUACAGUCAAUAGCUAGUGGAGGAUACUGAAAGUGAUGUCAGAAUUUAAUCUUUGCUUUCUCCUGGAAAGGUUUCUUGAGUAAGGGAUGUAGCUAGCCAAAAGUGGAUAGCACAGGACCAGCCAGCAAGUCAAACUUCUACCAGUUUCCUCUUUUUUUCCUUUUAAAUCUUUUCCCUUCCUUUCCUCUCCCAAUAUGUAAUUACUCAUAUUUCAGAAACUAAGGCAGCCCAGAUGUCCACAUACUGAUAAAUGAAUAAAACAUGAUAUAAUCUGUAAAGUAAUACCAUUUAGUUAUAAAAAGAUGUGUUACAAACGCAAAUGAAUUCUCAAAAACAUGCUAAGUGAAAAAAAUCUAUUCACAAAAUACUAUCUGAUUUUAUUCAUGUGAAAUGUCCACAAAAGGUAAAUCUGUAGAGAUACAAAGCAGAUUUAUGAUUGCCUCAAUAUUAAGAAAAGAGGGGGCUGGGGAUUUAGCUCAGCGGCAUAAGCACCUGCCUUGCAAGCAGGCAGUCGUGAGUUCGAUCCCUGGUACCGAUAAAAAUGAAAAAGACCAAAAAAAAAAAAAAAAAGAUUAAGAAAAGAGGUUUGGAGGGUUCUGACAUUCACAGAGUUGUCCUGGGGUUAAAAAAAAAAAUGAUAGUUGCAUGACACUGAAUGUACUAAAAGUGGGUGAGCUGUGUUUUACGUGAACUGUAUCUCAAUAAAACCAACAUUGAAACAGCAGUGAAAAUCAUGGUGGUACUACAUGAUAGGGAACAGGUUAAUGUCUACCAAGCAUACAGAAUAGUCACUUAGAACAAUUAAGUAAUGCUAAAUAUUAAAGCUUACAUAAAACCACUGGGGAAAAAAAUACGAUAUCGGCAUAAGUAAGCAUUAUUGGUGCACAGUCUAGACACUGACUCAUAUACUGGAGUUUAUUGUUUAAUGAAUAUUUAAGUCAGUAAGGGACAAUUUGUCAAGAAAUGGUACAAUAACUGGCCAUUUUUUAAAAAUGUGAGCAUUUGUUUUAUUUUUUAACUUUGCAGUGUUGCUGACAAGACAGUGGUUCUCAUCUGCAAGACAGAUGCUCUGCCACCGAAUGACACCCUUAGCCCCAACUGACCAUUUCACAGAGAAAUGGCACUACCUUGAACCACAUGCAAAAACACAUUCCAGAAAGAUGGACAUUUUAAAUGUCUUAAAAAGAGUGAAUAUAUACAGUAGAGGAAAAUGAAAUUUGUUAUGCAAUCUAUAGUUUAUGGUAACUUUUAAACAUAAGGCAGGACAUCUAGAAAUUAUUUUUAAAAGAAAUUCUUUUGGCUCUAUAAAAGUAAAAUAUUUUGUAUAGCGGUCAGUGGUGGAAUAUUUGUCUUGCAUGUAUGAGGCCUUGUGUUGGAUCCCUCACUCUACAAAGCAAAGCAAAACAGAAGAAAACAAAGCUGAAAAUUGAACAGCAAAGUAGUUCUCAACUCCAUAAAAACAUUAUCACAGUGUUCAAGAAUCAAUCUUGACAUACUAUGUUGUUUAAUUCAGUGUUCAAAACAACUCCACAAAAGCUACUUAGUGGAAACUACAGCAAAAGUCAUUGCCACGGAGACUUUUUAGAAUCAUCCAUGCAUAUUACUGGUAUUUUACAACAGUGGGAGACCCUGGAACAUAAGCUGAGAAAUGAAAACAAAUGCAUUUUUGAGGAAAAAAGUAUAAAUUUACAGAAGUAUCCAGGGCCGGGGAAAUAGCUGAUUGGUGGAGCGCUUACCCAGCACACACAAGGCUCUGGCUCCAUCCUUAGCACCAGAAUGUGAGGAGGGACACGAGACAGACGCGUUAAAAACCUACAGGACUGAGCCGGGCAUGGUGGCUCAUGCCUGUAAUCCCAGCACUCAGAAGGCUGAGGCAGGAGGGUAGUUUGGAGUUCGAGACCAGCUUGGGCUACAAAGUGAGCUCAAGGCCAGCUGAACUGCAUAGCGAGACCCUGCCUCAAAUAAGAAACACAUACACACACACACACACCCUAAAGGACUGAGCUACAGCAUUAGAGCAAAAGGAAAUAAAGAUUUGAAAACUGGGCUGAUUCAGCAGAUUAAAAAAAUGAGACUAUUUCAUGGAUUGCUAUGUUUAUCACCUGGGAAGCCUCACUCUAACGGCUUCGGGAGAGGCGAGGAAUGGGAAAUUGGUAGGAAAGGUUCUGAGAUACUCAGAGGCUGAAAUAGGAUGCAUGCUUGAGUUCAGCAACUUUGCUAGACACCCCCCCCCAAAAAAAAAAAAAAACAGAGAAGGGAUGUAGCUCAGUACAAGCCUUGGAUACACUGGCAAUACCCAGCACUGCAAAUAAGUAAAUAAAAAUAAAAUAAAAUUUUAAAAAACCCCAAAACGGAACAUCCAGUGCCCCCACUUCCACUCUUGCCUAUUAGCUUCCACGAUCCAGGUAUCACGGAUGAGCGUGGCCCCACUUCAAGGCACGACCCCUAUGCCUAGCUCCCCGCUCAGCGUCCGCCUUGCACCCAAGCGAGAAAAACCGCAAUUCCGGUACUUGCGAGCCUCUGGAGCCUCCAGAUCCGGAGGUUAUGCGGAUCCGCCUGAGAGCGGAAGUGACGUCACACCCACCGAAGGCUUUUUUUGUGGCUGUGGUUCUGCACGAUCAAGUUCGUUUUCUCUUAGUAGUGAUUGGUUUUGUAGCAGAAAGUCCCCCUCCCCCAGCCUGUAUACUUAAGUUGCCCAGGUGAUAGUUCCUGUUCCAGUUCCAGCUGCUUGGGUUUCUCAGAAACGGUCACUGUGAUGCAUAGCUAGUCACUGUGAUGCACACGUUAAAAACCAAUCAAAGGCAGCCAAGUACUAAGCCUCUGUACUUCCACUUUGCAACCAACCCCAUAAAAUCCCUGAGCUUUCGGGGCCUGGCAUUUUGAGGGACAACUGAUGCCCCGUCAGAUUUAUUUGACGACUCUCCGAUAUUAAAUAAAUCUGCCUCCGAAUCCUGGGUGAUGUUUCAGUGUUUCUGCUUGACGUGGCAGUUCUAAGGCAGUUCUGGUGAGUCCGGGCGAGGUGGAGGAAUUAGGGGACUUAAAGCACCGGUUUGCGACCAGGCCGCGCCCCUUCCCCCCGCAGCAGGAUCUGAAAGGCAGUCCGGCCUUUAUUCCUACGGGUCCUGCCCGGAGCCAAUUCCCGCUGUGUCCAAAGCGCGCUUCCUGGGACUCUUCGAAACGGCCCUGGCAUCUUCAAAAGGCUCUGUAGUCUGUGAACUUUUUUCCCGUGGAAAGGAAUUCUCCCUCAGUCAAGUUUUCCAUGGACUCCAGCGUUGUAACCGUGGGCUUCUCGGACCUGGCGAUUCCUUGCGUCCGGUCUUUUCAGAUGGACUCAAUGUACCUUCAUGAAGAAAAGACAGAGUCCAAAAAGAAGAUGACUGCAUGUCUUUCAGAUUGGUAUCAGGAGCCAGUGAGCUUUGAGGAUGUGGCUGUGGACAUCACCCUGGAGGAGUGGACUUUGCUGGACCUGACUCAGAGGAAGCUGUACAGUGACGUGAUGCUGGAGAACUAUCAGAGCCUGGCCUCUGUGGGAUGUGAGCUCCUCAAACCCAGCCUCAUCUCCUGGUUGGAGCAGGAAGAGUUAAGGACGGGGCAGGGAAGAGGUCUCCAGGAAUGGAAUGUGGGACUUACAACCAAAGAGUCAGCAUCUCAGCAGGAUUGUAUGAGAGGACAAACCUCCGGGCAGUUAUCCAUGGCAGGAAGCCACAGUGGAGCAGAGCUCUGUGAUUGUAAACCUUGUAGAGACUUCAUCAGUGGACAUGUGUGCCUGAAGUCACAUAUGGGAACUCAGAAUACAGGGAGCACUUCUGAGUGUGAUCAGUAUGGAGCAGACAUCCUUCCUCUGCAGAAGGAAAUCUCUACUGGAGAGAAAUUUUCUAUGUCAAAUCAGUGUGAACCAACAUUUAACCAACCUCAAACUGUCCCUUACCCAAGAAAGUGCACUCAGGACAAACCCUUUGAAGGCACUGACCAUAGGGAAGCAUUUGUUGAUCACUCAGACUUUCAGGCUGACCCCAGAAUACACAGUGGAAACAAACUCCAUGAACUGAAGAAAUGUGGGAUAGAUUUUCUUCACUCCAACAGCCUUGAUGUGCUGAUGCAAACUCACAAUGCAGAAAAACCCUACAAGGGUAAGGAAUGUGGGAAAGGCUUCACAUAUUCUGCCUUCCUUAAUAGUCACAUGGGCACCCACAGUGGAGCCAACCCCUACCAAGGUAAGGAAUGCAGGACUGUCUUUACAACAUCUUCUCAGUUAACUGAACAUGUGAAAAAUCACGCUGUGGAGAAGCCCUUUGAGUGUAAGGUGUGUGGGAAAUUCUUUAGAACCUCUUUGUGCCUUCGUGAUCAUGUUCGAAUUCACACUGGGAUAAAACCCUUCAAAUGUAAGUAUUGUGGAAAAGCCUUCAUUCAGAACUCAAACCUUACCAAGCACAUUCGCAUCCACACUGGAGAGAGGCCCUAUGUGUGUAAAGCGUGUGGGAAAGCCUUUGUCAGAUCCUCCCGCCUUAAUGAACACAUGAGAACUCACACUGGGGAGAAGCCAUUUGAAUGUGCGAAAUGUGGGAAAGCAUUUGCUAUUUCCUCCAAUCUCAGUAAACAUCUGAGGAUUCACACUGGAGAGAAGCCCUUUGAGUGUAAGGAAUGUGGGAAAGCAUUUACGCACUCCUCCAGUCUGAAUUAUCACAUUCGGACUCAUAUUGCCAAAAAACCAUACAUGUCUGUUAUGUGGGAAAGCCUGUAAGUUUCCCAUAUGUAUUAUCCUUCACAUGUGAAUUCACACUGAAGAAAACUCCUAUGGGUGUAAACUGUGUGGGAAAUCCUUUGGCUACUCCAAUUCAUUGCAGUUACAUAAAAGAGCUCACACUGGAGAGAAACCCUAUGAAGGUAAGGAGUGUGGGAAAGCCCUUAGUUGUCUAAAUUCCUUUCCCAAUGAGGAACAGAGGUGUACUGAAGAGAAACUAUCAUAGUAAGAGAUGUGAGAAAGCUUAAAGGUGACCUAUUUAAUUUGAAGUCUCAAAUGAACUCUAGUAAGAAAUCUACAAAUGUAAGAUGUUUAGGAACAUCUUUACUACUGUCUCAGGUGUUAACAAAUAUGUAAGAAUUCAUAAAGGAGAUUCUGUGUUGGUGAUAUGAAAAAAAUUUUGCUGUACUGUAAAGACAUCAGAAAUCAUGCUGGAUAGAGGCUGUAUGAAUGUGGAGAAUCUGGGAAAUUACAGAACCCGCAAAAUGCAUACAUAAACUCACACUGAAGAGAAAAUUUAUGAUUUAAAUAGUAUGGUUCCUCCUCCAGUUCAUAUUUGGAAGCCCAAACCUCUGUUUCUUCACAGUGUAAGAUUAAACUUCAAACAUGUCAUUAAAAUGAAGCUGAAAAAUCAA